ACACAAGAAGAAGAAGAAGAAGAAGAAGAAGAAGAAACGGGCGAAAAUACACAACAAGAGCCGACAUCGCUCGGAUACCAAAGCUGUGACUGUAGCUAGCUGCUUUCAUAAGUCAGCUAAUUUCCGUCGUACAGUCACACAUUUGGUUUCCGGACACUGACUAGCAAUGGGUGGUCGGGGGAACGAGCCUGAGACUUUAGACUACUCGGUGCAUGAAGCCUGGAACGAGGCCACUAAUGUCUACUUGCUGGUCAUCCUGGUUAGCUUCGGCCUGCUCAUGUAUGCCAGAAAAAACAAGAGGAAGAUCAUGCGUAUCUUCGCUCUGCCUCCCGCCGCCGGCAGCAGCCCAGAGCCAAACUUCUACGACAGCCUGCAGAAGGUCCGCCUGCGGCAGCAGCUGGAGAUGUACUCUCUGGCCAGGAAAUUUGAGCAGCAGCAGCAGCAGCAGGGCCAAGCUGAGAGUGUGCAGCUCUCCAUGGAGUGACACCAGGAAGCCUCUGACCCCUGUCUGUCAGAGUCAACACUGCCACCUCUGAAAGCCUUCUCCCCCCUGGGUAUGAAAGCACCUGGGAUGGCUGUUUUUAUUGGCUAGGGCCCAGAGAAAGACACCAUACUUCUUCCAGUUGUUUCUGUUGGACUCCAUGAGUAGAAGUUUGUUUGGGUGCCUUCCGUUGUCUUUCCUUCUUCAUCACUCCUGGAGCAGGUCUGGACCAGGGAGGCCUGAGAGUCUGGCACCUUGCCGGCUGCCAUCUCACACCCGCAGUAGUGUUGUCCGCCAGGAGUGAACUGAUGUCAUCUGUGGCUGCCACUGUGACAUUUUCAAUGUAAUGUGGGGAAAAUGAUGAAAACUUGACCACAAAUUCCACAAGAUAAUCUCAACACAACACUAGUUUUCUUUUUACCAUCUGAUCUGAUUUGUUUUAUAUUUAUUUUUUGUACAUGGUAAAAUCUGUUGUUUUUAUGGACUGUUGCCAUAUGAUUUUCAUGCCAUUAUUGAUGACUGAUAGUGUUGCUAUUGUCAGGUGGUUGUUUUGGGUAGUGUGUUCACUGUUUCGUGUUUGUUUCAAGUCUUAACUGUGAAAAUAAAGAACCAAAUACCAAACAGUGA